CUGUGUUCUCCGUCCUGCCCAGUGUCACAAAUCAUGCUGGUUGUCUGGGACAAAAACAAAGCUUGAGACCCAAGAUGAAGGCAGUGAAGGAGACUCCUUCAAAAGCCAAAAUAUUCUCCCAGAUUUUAUUGCUUGUGUGUCUUGGUUCCUUCAAUCCAGGUGGGGUGCUGGCGGUGAAUAUGACUAUCCCCAACACCCUCAUCAGAGGUACAGUAGGAGGGGAGGCCCUUCUGUCGGUCCGCUACAGCAGUUUCAGCCUCGACCUGCCGGUCAUCAAGUGGCAGCUGCAGAGAGAAAAGUCUGUCACUCUUGUCCAGUCGAUUGGAACUGACAUCAUCGGCACCUUGAGGCCUGAGUACCGAGACCGCAUCCUGGUAUUUGAGAAUGGGACUCUGCUUCUCCACAACCUCAGACUCUCUGAUGAUGGAAUUUAUGACGUGGAGAUCUCUAUCACUGAUGAUACCUUUACAGGAGAGGGCAGCAUCACACUCACUGUGGACGAGUCUAUAUCCAGGCCCUAUAUCGACAUGGAGUCUUCAUCGGUGCUAGAGCUCAGUGAAAACGUCAUCCUCAACUGCUCCCAUGACAAUGGAACCAGGACUACAUACAGGUGGUUCAAAGGUGGAAAGCCACUGACCAAUGUGACGAGGUUUAUGCUGUCACCUGAUCAGAAGCUGUUGACCAUCACACGCGUGCUGAUGGCAGAUGAUGACAUAUACAGCUGUGCAGUGGAGAAUCCUGUGGGCAACAUGACAAGCCUGCCUAUCAGACUGACUGUCUACAGAAGAAGUUCCCUCUAUAUCAUCCUGUCCACUGGCGGCAUCUUCCUCCUUAUCACCUUGGUAACAGUGUGUGCCUGCUGGACGCCUUCCAAAAAGUCUAAUCAACCCGUUCAAAAGCCUCUCUCAAGGUUCAGUGACCACUCUCAUCGCUCACCAAUCAGUCACACAGAUGAUGUUCUUCCAAAAAUGACUGAGCACAACGGAAUACAUGCAGUAACUUCACUUUACGUCUUGCAGCAAAAGGAACCCUCUAUGGAUGACUCAUCCAGCAAUAGUAUUGGAUCUCCUUCUGAAUAUGACCACCCACCAUGCUACACCAGUUUCCCCAACUACAACGGGUCUCUUACCCAGUCUAAUGGGUCUCCUGCCCACUCCUCUCACAGAUAUACCUGAAAGCCCCUCAGGAUAAACGGAUGCAGUCAGAUUGUCCUACAGUACACUGUUCCUGACCCUGCAAUUUCCUGCACAUCCGCAGAGUUUGGGAAAAGAUGUCAGUGCCGUGUUCUGGGGUUUUACAGUCAUUCCAAUACUGCCAAAUGAUCGGUUUUUUAUUGAAGUGAACUGUAACUUGAAUAUAAGUUGAUUGAAUUUUGAUUUUGCGAAAUGGUUUAGUCUGCAUGAAGCUGAGGUGGAGUCAGUAAGAUGCAACUGAAACAUGAUAAAGAUACUUCUCUUUACAUUUUGUCAAUUCAAAAUCAAACAAGAUGGUGUUUCUCAUUUGUUAAUGAUGUUGAAAACAAUAUACAGUUCGUUAAAAAAAAAGAAUCACACUAAGAAAUGCUUUCCUGUUACAGUGAUAUGUGUGAUUUUUGUGAAGUGGUGUUGUAUUGUUAAAUGAAGUCUGGCAGUUACUAUUUUGUUCUUUUACUUCUUCCAGAUGAUUUAAUAGCAUUUUCAAUGUGAAGAUGGACAAAGCUAUGUUGGUGGAAUUUUAUACAAACUUUAAUUAA